AUGGCAGAUGAAGGAACAUCUUCAAAAUCUUCACAUUUAGUUAAAAAACACCAUGAAAAAGCUAAAGCCUGUCACUCUAGACCAAGUUACAGGGAUCCAAGGUGGGAGAAGGCUGUUAAGGUGUAUACCAUAAAUAUGGAAUCGAAAAAUAUUUUAGUCCAGGGAGUGCCUUCAUUAGGAGUCUCUAAGGAUCUUAUGGAUAUCUUUUCUUCAUAUGGCAACAUAGAAUCGUUUAAAAAGCUAGAUGAUUACCCCACUGAAGAAUUCACAGAAGUCUACCUAAUCAAAUAUGCAAGAAUAAACAAUGCUAGGUAUGCAAAAAGAAAGAUGGAUAAUAAAUCAUUUUUUGGAGGUGUGAUACAUGUCUGUUAUGCACCAGAGUUUGAAACGGUAGAUGAAACAAGAGAGAAACUACAGGAACGUCAAAGGGUGGUUGCUAGAAAGAUAAAAGAGCUAUAUGGAAAUAACUUGGAACCAAAGACAGUUUCUCCCCAACAGCCAAAGGUCAUACCAUCAUCAUCCAUGUCCUGUUCUUCAGAUGCUGCUAGCCAAAAUAUUCCUCUAACAAGAAUAUUUUCAUCUGGUACAUGUACAUCAACAAGAACUACUGAAGUAGCUUCAUGCACUACAAAUCAAGCAGAUGAUCUUCUUUGUCAGUCAAAUACAAACUACACUGAGUUUCCAAAUAUACCAAUGCCUAUUUCGGAUAUACCACCUCCUUCCAUUCCAAAUAUACCACCUCCUCCCAUUCCAUUGCACCCUUCCCAAUACCCCCCACCACCUCCUCCCUGGGAGUUACCUAGAGUGCCAUCAGCGAAUGCGACAUUACCUCAUGGCUUCCAGAAUUUGCCAAAUAUAACCCUAAAGUCUUUACAUCAGUGUCCAAGUCAGUUUGAUCCCACCAGUCAACCAGACCAUCUGAACACUGGGGCUUUAUCUGCUUCAAUAUCUCAUCCUUCUACUGGAACUCUAGUAUAUGGACCAUUACCCGCAAGUGAGGAUCCUUUGUGUGAACCGUACCAUGACCAUACAGUCUCAAAACCACAUCGACCAACAGUUCCUUAUGAACAAAACUUAGGUGCUACCAAUAUACAAGCUUCUGCCAUUGAAUGUUCUCAACAUAGUGAUAAUUUGCAGACCAUCGAGGCAUCUGUUGAUAGGACCGUUCUAUCUAUUCGUGAAAAACUGAAAAGGGUUUCUAGUGACUCGACUCUUCAAGGACCGUCAAGAGAGCUUUCCAGGCAAAGAACUGCGAAAAGUCAACCUCAAUCAAAGAAACAGAGAAAGAGAAUUUAAAAGGAUUAAAGUUUCGGCGAUGCACAGUGGUUUACCGAAUCAAAGUCUUGCGAAGUAAACUGAUACGAAAAAAUGAAACUCAAGAAAUUUCAUUCAUUUUCCUUCUCAGAAUUUCUUUAAAGGUGCUGACACAUGGUGCAACAUUGCAUGCAGCAUUGCGUGAAACGGGACUGUUGCAGCGUGU